AAGCAGGAUCAGGAGACGAGUUUGAAGAUCCCGCAGAGAAACAGGGCCCACCUGGUGCGAUCGACUCGGACGACUCGGACUUUCAGGCGAGCGGUGGGACGAGGACGAUGGUCAGGAAAAUGGGGAGAGGUCCAGGAUCUUCUGCAGUCAUGAAUGCAAAACUCACUGCUGCUGCCGCUGCCAACAAGGAUCCGAAUAACGACAUUGAUAAAAGUCAUUUGGGUAAAUUGACUCCAAACUGCAGCUCGUUAGAAAAGGCCGAAGCUCAGGCCAGCCUCCCUGUCGUCUUGAUCCCCAUCCGUAUCGAAAUAGACACUGACAACCUCCGAAUACGAGACUGUUUCACUUGGAACCUGAAUGAAUCAUUAAUAACCCCAAACCAUUUUGCCCUCCUUUUCUGCGCUGACCUUCAUCUCGACCCAGCAUACGCGGAACAAAUAGCCAAUCAAAUUCGAGCACAAUUAGAAGAAAACGGCGCCACGGCUGCCCUUGAUUUACCGGUGAACACGGAACGAGAAGGAGAAAUAUUGCACGAAGAUGAUGCAGGACCGGGUGACUGUCGUGUGGUCCUACAAAUUGACGUGCAAAUAGGGACCAAGCACUUGUUGGACCACAUCGAGUGGGACUUGAGAUCCUCUUUGACACCAGAAGAGUUUACAAAGCUGUUUUGUGCAGAUGUCGGUCUCACCUCUGAAGCAAUGCCCAUGGUCGCACAUGCUAUCCAUGAAGAAAUGCUAAAACACAAAAAGGACGUGAUAGAGUGGGGUGUGUUGGAAGGUGGUGGUGAAUGGAAGUCGCAUGCGGCUGGUCUCGGAAAUGCGUGGGGUAGAAAAGGAAAGGGUCCAAAGAGGAUGAAGGGUAUCUGGAGGGACUGGGCGGAAAUCGUCUCGGGAGAUUAUGCCCCUAGAAUUGAGGAGCUUACAGCGGAGGAAUUAGAAAGGAGAGAACUAGAACGCGAAAGAGCAGCUCGGUGUGUUCAAUCUAUUCAACUAGUUUACAAAUUUCUUACCCUUUUUCCAGGCGACUGCGUCGCGAGACGAGCAAAUUCCAGGGCGGAGCGACAACUACUCGCAGAAGACGAUAAUUCACCAAAAAACUUCCUACUUUUCUCAAUCCUGUACAUCACGAUAUAUCAAAUCCUAUUCACUCGAGCACUGAUGAGCAGUGAAGUUGCAAAUUAA